GGAAGAAUGCCCCUUACAUUGGGGGUCAUUGGGAAGAAUGCCCCUUACAUUGGGGGAAUCAGUGGGGAAGAAUGUCCUUUACAUUGGUGGUCAGUGGGAAGAAUAGCUCCUUAACAUUGGUGAUCAGUGGGAAUAGAAUGUCCCUUACAUUGGUGGUCAGUGGGAAAGAAUGUCCUUUACAUUGGUGGUCAGUGGGAAUAAAGAAUGUCCCUUACAUUGGUGGUCAGUGGGAAGAAUGUUCCUUACAUUGGUGGUCAGUGGGAGAAUGUCCCUUACAUUGGUGGUCAGUGGGAAGAAUGUCCAUUAUAUUUAUGGUCACUGGGAAGAAUGUUCCUUAUAUUUAUUUUUACUGGGAAGAAAGUUCCUUAUAUUGAUGGUCCGUGGGAGGCAGUCCCUUAUAUUGAUGGUCGGUUGGAAGACAGUCUCUUAUAUUGAUGGUCGGUGGGAAGACAGUCCCUUAUAUUGAUGGUCGUUGGGAAGACAGUCCCUUUAUAUUGAUGAUCGGUGGGAAAAAUGUCCCUUAUAUAG